UUUUAGUUGACAAACGACUCUCACUCGGAUCAGGCGACCAAGAAGUACAAUGUCGGAAAGUCUGGAGACAUGUGAAAUUUCCCUACCGCUGGGCCAGAUAAAGGGCGUGAAACGUAGAAGCCUCUAUGACGAUGAAUACUAUAGUUUCGAGCGUCUGCCUUUUGGUAAGCCCCCGCUGGGAGAGUUACGUUUCAAGGCCCCGCAGCCGGCGGAACCAUGGACUGGAGUCUUGGACUGUACGCAUUAUGGAGACAAGCCGGUGCAGAAGCAAAUUCUCACAGGUAUAAUUGGUGGCAGUGAGGACUGUCUCUACCUGAAUGUGUACGCCAAGCAGCUUAAAACGGAAAAACCACUCCCGGUAAUGGUUUAUAUCUAUGGAGGUGCCUUUACGAUUGGAGAGGCUACACGGGAGCUUUAUGGUCCGGACUAUAUAAUGGCCAAGGAUGUGAUUUUAGUCACGCUAAAUUAUCGUGUUGAUUGCUUGGGUUUUUUGAGUCUUAAGGAUCCCAGCUUAGAUGUGCCUGGGAAUGCAGGUCUUAAGGAUCAAGUCCUGGCACUCAAAUGGGUUAAGAAAUACAUUUCGUACUUCAAUGGUGAUGCCAAUAAUAUUACGCUCUUUGGAGAGAGCGCAGGCGGCUGUUCAACCCAUUAUAUGAUGUGCACGGAGCAGACACGGGGUCUCUUUCACAAGGCUAUUCCUAUGUCCGGCACAUUGCACAACUACUGGGCCAAUACAACACCCGAGGACUUUGCCUAUCGGCUUGCAAAGUUCCAUGGCUAUGAGGGCGAGAAUUUUGAUCGAGAGGUGUUGGAUUACUUGCGUGGAGUUGAACCAUGCAAGUUGGUUGAUUAUAACCUGAUGACGCCCGAAGAACGUCGCAAUGGAUCACUUUAUGCAUUUGGACCCACUGUGGAACCUUAUCAGACUCCUGACUGUGUGGCACCAAAGUCGCAGCUGGAGAUGGCACGCGAUGCGUGGUCUAAUGACUUGCCUGCAAUGCUGGGCGGUGUCUCCUUUGAGGGACUUUUCAUGUAUCCCGCUCUCAAGGCCAAUGCGAAGAGUAUGGAUAGCUUGCUGGAAGAUCCUCUGCGUAUGACGCCCCGUGAUGUUCGUGCCGUCAAUACGGAGAAGCAAAAUCUGGAGUUCAGCGAAAAGCUGAUAAAAUUAUACUUUGGUGAUGCAACUCCCAGUUCAAAGUUGAUAAUGACAUUCCUGGACUACUAUUCAUACAAGAUCUUCUGGCAUGGAAUCUAUCGCACUUUGUAUGCUCGCCUGGCCUAUUCUACCGCUCCAACAUAUUUCUACCGAUUUGACUUUGAUUCCCCCGACUUUAACUUCUAUCGCCAGAAGUUCUGUGGAGAUGAUAUCAAGGCUGGUGUUGCCCAUGCCGAUGAUUUGAGCUAUUUGUUCCGAAACACAGAAUCCCGAAAGCUGGACAAAUCUUCCGGCGAGUAUCGCACAAUUCAACGCAUGGUGGGAAUGUGGACGGCUUUUGCAACAAACUCUAAUCCCAACUGCAAGGAAAUUGGACAUUUAUCGUGGGAGCCCUCAAAGAAAGACCAUACGCAGCGGGUACUCAACAUUGGCAAUGAUGUCAAUGUCAUCGAUCUGCCUGAGCAUGACAAACUUUUGGUCUGGGAUAGCUUGUAUAAGCCAAAUGAUUUGAUCUAACUUUGCUGCAGUUACGGUAGUUAACACGUAAUAAAGUUUUUUGCGAGCUGAAA